UCGUUUAGUAUACGCGUGGCGGUGUGGACAUGAGCUGUGUCGUGUUGGAAACAAGCCGAUAACAUUGUGACAAAAAUGAACUGUUUAAAGUUUAUAGUGAAACAUUUGUUGUUUAUUUUCAAUUUAAUAUUUACGCUCGUAGCCCUGGCGAUAAUAGGCGUGGGCAGUUACGCGCUGCACUAUGUAAACCACAACGACAUCUUGGCAAACCUCACUGCAGCCGGUGACGUCACCAUUGCUCAUGACUUCAGCCCGAGCGUCUUGAAGUUCGCCUGCAUAUCCGUCAUCGUGCUGGGAUGUGUUGUAUUCUUGGUCUCCUUCUGUGGAUGCUGCGGAUCGAUUUCUGAGAACAAGUGCUUGAUUUGUUCGUACGCGAUAAUUAUGCUAAUACUGGCUGGUGGCAGCAUCCUCGUGGUCGUGAUCAGGAGCUCGUACGUCGACGUAGCUGACAAGUUGGUGAAGGAUUACCUACACGACAUUUUCUACACUCCUCCGUACCCUAUCGAAGAUGAGACUAUCAAUGGAUUGCAGUUCGCUAUAAAAUGCUGCGGUGACUACGGUUCGCAGUUUUACAACGGCACGACUUUAAACGUUGACGAGCACGUCUUAGAAGCUAUAUACGACAAGCUAAACAUCACCGGAAUCGGUCUAGUCUCUCCCAGCUGCUGCUCCACAAUAGAUUUGAGGUCCUUCUUAGAUGACCCUCAGAAUUAUCUGUUGGAUGAGUUCCAAUGUACCAUUGACGAUUUGUACCAAGAAGGCUGCGUGCCAAAAGUGUUGGACUUUGUUUCGGUCGUUGAGAAAUAUAUUACAAUUAUUUUUGGUGUUAUCGCUGGAGUCACGGUAUUGUCGUUCAUACUCGGGUUUUACAUGUGCUGUGCGAUCAAACCCAAACAUUCCAAAUAUGACAGAUAUUGAAUUCUCGAAACACGAGAAUGUGGUAGACAGGACCCAGGACUCCUGCCUAAUGCGUGAAAAAAAAACAUUUAUUCGCGGAAGUUUAUAACGCGCUAAACAUAUAUUUAUAAUACAAGUCAAUUGUAAAUUAAAAUGUAUUAAAAGGAAUGGAGAGGCAUUCAUGUCCUUAUAUCUUUUGGCUCAGUUGAAGUAUAUAAGAUACUACAUAUUUUAGUGAAAGAUCUGUGAUAUCUAAUUCUACUUGGGUACGUUAUGAGGCUGUAAUACAAUAUCGUACUAAAAAAUUUUUUGGAUGCGCGUCGUCAAUUUAAUAUUUUUGACAUUUGCGCUACUUACCUAAGUAAAUAAUUUCUUAGCUCGCUGUACAUUAGAAUUUUAUUUAUUACGAUAAAAACAAUUUUUAAUAUAAGUAUAUGUAUAUUUUUA